AGGAAAAAGUUGAGUUUUCAAGCAAUAAAAUGUCGAAAUAUGUCUUCUCUGAUUAAAUAGAUGUGGACUUGUUACCUUUUUACGGUGAAUACAUACCUGAAGAAGGCAUGACGCAGUCAAUUGUUGUCCAAGUUGGUCAGUGCGGUAAUCAGAUCGGCACAAGGUUCUGGGAUUUAGCUCUGCGGGAGCACGCAAGCACAAACAAGCGUGGCGUUUACGACGAGUCCAUCAGCAGCUUCUUCAGGAAUGUCGAUACACGAUAUGACGACCCAGUGGAUAUUCCAUUGGGUGAUUCCAGAGGCAAGAUCAAGUCACUUAAAGCGAGGGCAGUGCUGGUGGAUAUGGAAGAAGGGGUAGUUAGUAACGUCAUGAAGGGGCCGCUGAGGGAAGUCUUCGACUAUAAGCAGCUCAUUACAGAUGUGUCAGGAUGUGGUAAUAAUUGGGCGGUUGGUCAUCAUAAUUACGGAGUGCAGUACCGGGAGGAAAUAUCCGACACAAUUCGUCGAGCUGCGGAAUUCUGUGAUUGUUUGCAAUGUUUCUUCAUAAUGCAUUCCAUGGGAGGAGGGACUGGUUCAGGUCUUGGCACUCACGUUCUCCGGAUACUAGAAGAACAGUACCCGGAUGUCUACAGAUUCGUCACCGCGGUUUAUCCCUCGGCGGAGGAUGAUGUCAUCACCUCGCCGUAUAAUAGCGUCCUGGCGAUGCGGCAGUUGACGGAAAAUGCUGACUGUGUUCUUCCUAUAGAGAAUCAGGCUCUUGUCGAAAUUAUGAAUAAAAUCAAUCAGGCGGUUCCAUCCACGAAAAUCGGGAAAAAGACGUUCGGAGAUGUGAAGACCCUCGCAACUGGUGACGGUGGUCUGACGAAGAAAAAAGAUGAAAAACCAUUCGAUACGAUGAAUAAUAUCGUCGCUAAUCUCUUACUGAACAUGACAAGCUCAGCAAGAUUCGAAGGAUCGCUCAACGUAGAUUUAAACGAAAUCACAAUGAACCUCGUCCCCUUCCCCAAGCUACACUACCUCGUCUCCAGCCAAGCGCCGCUCUACUCCUGCGCCGAUAUCCACCUUCCUCCGCGGCGACUCGAUCAGAUGUUCUCGGACGCUUUCUCGCGAGAUCACCAGUUGAUCCGAGCUGAUCCGAAACACAGCACGUACCUCGCAUGCGCCCUCAUGGUCCGAGGGAACGCGGAAGUGUCUGACAUCAGGCGAAACAUUGAGAGGUUAAAGCCCUCGCUGAAAUUCAUCCACUGGAACCAAGAGGGUUGGAAGACAGGCCUGUGUUCAACGCCCCCUGUGGGCCAACAAUACUCACUACUGACGCUUGCAAAUAACACGUGUGUACGACAUACAUUCUCCGAGCUGAAGGAUCGGUUUGUCCGGCUCUAUAAGAGAAAGGCCCAUAUGCACCAUUAUACCAGUGUGGACGGGAUGGAGGCCCAGGAGUUCACGGACAGCCUUGAGUCACUCACCGGUAUCAUAUCCGAGUACGAAGGCUUAGAGACGAACCCACCUGGCCACGCUGCAAGGUUGCCGGUGGCAUGAGAGCCCCACCAUUAUACCAGGAUCAGCGGAUUGGAUAAAGUGUAGGAUUUCACAGACAUGGAGUCAUUCGUUAGUUUGACUCGAUUCUAAGAGAAUUGGCCUGAACUUUUGUCCAAAUCGGCCAAUGUUGACGUUGGCACUGAUACUAAUUCUUUUAAACUCGUAUCCCUGUGUUUCUAUUUUCAUGUACCACCAAUAGUUAAGAACGGUGCUAGUCUCUAAUGCCAAGAUGCUAAGAUGAAUCUUAUAAUGAAGUCGGAAGCUGGCCUUCCGAUAGACAUGUGGAGGAUACUUCAAGAGACUGCAUGGUGAGGCCACUUCUUAGAGUUAGAUUGGUGACAGAUGACACCAAAUUGAACUUGCCAAGGUGUAGGAACGUCGAAAAAUCGAAAUGCCUAUUGCGCAAUAACUAAUGCAGGUAACGAGAUCAAACGAACUGGAAUCUUAGCUACUUGUGGGAGAGAUUUGGUGAAAAUCAGAUCAGCACUUUGCGAGUUAUUCAAAAUCAAAAGUAUGGAAAAAGAUUUUGACACCCAGUACACCCUUGUUAGGGCUAGCCUCCUGUCCUGUUGUGUUUGUUGAUGAUAAUCUAUACAUGUAUUUUGAUACCACCAAAAUAUUGUA